ACACUGAAUCCAGUAAUGUUUGCAGUGAUGAUCCACUCAGAUGAAGUUAAGAUACAGUCAAAGGUGGUUACUCAAGAUGUAGGGUAGAGUGUCACUUGACAGCUAGAACAUUAUGGCAUGCAGGCAGGAGUCUUGGUUUGCAUUUAUCCUUCCUGUGCUGAUCAAACUGCAUGUGGACUUGUAUCAAACUUUUUCAAACAACCAUAGACCAGUGCUGUUUAUUCUUAAAGGCACUCAUAAAAAGGCGGUCAACCAAAUAAAAGAUCCACAGGCAGUGCUGGUUCCCUGCCCAAAUCAACAAACUGCACUGGUAACUUUAUGCUCUCACAAACUGAAGAUCUGUAUGCCAGUAGUUAUACAAAAGGAGUUCUGUUCAAGGGACCUACAAUAUCCAGAGCAACCCUUUCCAGUGGACCACCAACAAUAUAUUGGUUCAAUGGAGCCUUAGGAGUGCAGGUUGAUGGAUUGCUUG